UUUCUCUUUACCUUUUCAAUUUAUUUCUUGCCAUGCCAUUUCUAUUCACAUUUUACAGUACCAAACUUCUUUUCAUUUUGUGAUUUUUCAUCUACCUUUUUGUGAUUCAACAUUCUCUUUCUCUAGUGAACUUCUUUUGUUCUUUUUGGUGGAAGAGGAAAAUGGAAAUUAUCACUUCAAUCAUAUCAAAAAUUGGAGAAAUGUUGGUGGAGCCCACUGGAAGACAGCUUGGAUACUUAUUUCACUAUAAAGUCAACAUUAAGGCUCUUGAAGAUGAAAUUGAUAAACUGAAGAACAGGCGAGAUGAUGUACAAAGGUUGAUCGAUGCGGCAAUUAGAAAUUCAGAAGUCAUCGGAGCUGAAGUUAAGAGGUGGGUUUCAGAUGUGGACAAGAUCACAAACGAGCUAGGGGAGUUCUUGAAAGAAUAUGCAAACGCAGACAAAAAGUGCUUCAAUGGAUGCUGCCCAAACUUGAAGUUGCAACAUUCUUUGGGUAGGAAAGCCACGAAGUACACGGAGGAUGUUCUGAAGCUCCAAGAAGAAGGAAAGCCGUUUGCUAAACUAUCCUACCCUGCUUCUCCAACUAGGAUGCACUUUUCUUCAUCAUCCAUGAAAGACUUCAACUCGAGAAAGAAAAUCUUAAAUCAAGUCAUGGAGGCUCUAAGAAAUGAGAAGGUGAGCGUGACUGCGAUAUGCGGGAUGGGCGGGAUCGGGAAAACAACCAUGGCCAAAGAAGUUGCUAAAAGAGCAAAGAAACCUUUUGGUGAUGUUGUUAUGGUAACAGUGUCCCAAAAUCCAAAUGUUCGUGAAAUCCAAGGCAAAAUUGCAGAUUUCUUGGAUUUGAAGUUAGAUAAGGAGAGUGAGGAAGGAAGAGCAUAUACAUUGCGUCAGAGAAUAUUGGAAAACACAGAAAACAUCCUUCUUAUACUGGAUGACUUGUGGAAUAAACUUGAUUUGGAGGCUGUAGGCAUCCCCGAUCGAUGUAAAAUUCUAUUGACAUCACGAAAUGAAGAUGUUUGCAAGCAAAUGAAAAGUCAAGAGAUUUUUCCCAUCAAAGUCUUAGGCUUCAACUCGAGAAAUAAAAUCUUAAAUCAAGUCAUGGAGGCUCUAAGAAAUGAGAAGGUGAGCGUGAUUGCGAUAUGCGGGAUGGGCGAGAUCGGGAAAACAACCAUGGCCAAAGAAGUUGCUAGAAGAGCAAAAGAGAAACCUUUUGGUGAUGUUGUUAUGGUAACAGUGUCCCAAAAUCCAAAUGUUCGUGAAAUCCAAGGCAAAAUUGCAGAUUUCUUGGAUUUGAAGUUAGAUAAGGAGAGUGAGGAAGGAAGAGCAUAUACAUUGCGUCAGAGAAUAUUGGAAAACACAGAAAACAUCCUUCUUAUACUGGAUGACUUGUGGAAUAAACUUGAUUUGGAGGCUGUAGGCAUCCCCGAUCGAUGUAAAAUUCUAUUGACAUCACGAAAUGAAGAUGUUUGCAAGCAAAUGAAAAGUCAAGAGAUUUUUCCCAUCAAAGUCUUAUCUGAAGAUGAAGGUUGGAAUCUUUUCGAAGAGGUAGCAGGAAUUUCCGAUCGCACUUGUACUCGCGAUCUAUACGAUGUAGCAAAAAAGGUUGCAAAAGAAUGCAAAGGCUUACCUGUUGCGAUAGUCACUGUUGGAAGAGCGCUCGAAAAUAGAGACGAAAGUGAUUGGAAGGAUGCACUUCUCAAACUUGAAAAAUCAAUACCAGAUAGUAUGUUAAAAACGGAUGUAGAGGUCUAUUCUCGUAUCGAAUUGAGUUACGACCUUUUAAGAAGUGAAGAAGCCAAGUCAUGCUUUUUGUUGUGUUGUUUAUUCCCAGAAGACUAUGAUAUUGGUAUUCACACUUUGGUUAGAUAUGGGAAAGGAUUAAGGUUGUUUCAAGAAACUGGUACGAUGGAACAGACAAGACACAGAGUUCAUACUUUGGUUGGGUAUUUAAAAAGAUGUUUUCUGCUGAUGGAUGGCAAUAAGACAGAGCACGUUCUAAUGCAUGAUAUUGUUCGUGAUGUGGCCAUAUCAAUUGCGGCAAGAAAGGAGCACGGUGGCUUUGCAGUUAAAUGUGAUAAUCAAAUGGAACAGUGGCCAGAGAUAGAUUCAAGUGAAAUGGAAUAUUGCACUGCAAUCUCACUUGUAUUUAAGCAAAUCAAGAAACAUCCUGAUGGUUUGGCAUGCCCCAGUCUCAAGCUUCUACGUUUGUCCUCGACAACUGCAAAAAAUCCCUUUUUGGUAAAAUAUCAUGGGCAUAAAUUCGAACUGAGUGAGAAUUUUUUCGAAGGGAUUAAAGAAAUCAAGGUUUUGGCUUUUCAAUGUAUUUACGUUCAAACGCUUCCAGCAUCAUUGCAAAUGCUACAAAACCUCCGGACCUUGCAUUUGGAGUAUUGUGUUCUAGGAGAUAUUUCAAGAAUUGGAGGAUUGGAAAUGCUAGAAAUCCUCAGCUUGAUUGGUUCUUGGAUCCAACAAGAGUUGCCAAAGGAGAUAGGGAAUCUUCAACAUCUAAAGGUGUUGGAUAUGACAAAAUGCAAAGGGCUUAAUAGAAUUCCACCUGGUGUACUCUCGAGAUUAACCACAUUGGAAGAGUUAAAGAUUUUUUGCUUCGACAAUUGGAAUUCUCUGGAAGGAAAUGAAGAGAAAACCUCCGCAAGUCUUGAUGAGAUAAAUCCUCGAGAUUUGAAAGUUUUAAAUGUUCGGAUACCAAACGUGGAGUUUGUUCCAAGGAAUUUUCCUUUCAAGAAUUUGACAAGAUUUUUAAUUAAUGUGGGCACAGAACUUACAUUUGAAGACGAUUAUUUAUUUAGAAACUUUUUGCAGCUACACGAAGUUAGUGCUGAUUCUAUAAAACAGAGUGGGAUCCAUCCAAUAUUCAAGAAAUGUGAACAUUUGAGAUUAGAUGGGGUGUAUGAUUUGAAGAAUUUAUUUCCCCAUUCUGAUGAGGAGGAGCAAGAUGGUUUCCCGUGGUUGAGGACUCUUAAAAUGUGGAGCUGCAAGGAAAUGGAGUACGUGGUGAAAUUCACGUCAAAUAAUAAUCGGACUGAUCUUCAUGUUCCAGACAUAUUCCCUCUUUUGGAGGAAUUAUAUUUGAUGAAUCUUGAUGGAUUGAAGGGAAUAUUCCAUUAUAAUUCUGAUUAUUUACAACUUCCUCCUACUAAUCAUCAAUCUGUUAGAAAGGAGAGGAUUUCCACAGCAUCAUCUCUUCCAAGAGGAUUUCCACAGCUCCAGCGAUUAACUGAGUUAACUCUGCACAAUCUACCUAGUCUAAUCAGUUUGAGCACAGCCAUAGAUGAUGAGGGAAGUACACGGCCACCCAAGGAUGCUGAUGGAGUAGAAAGCAACAUGGAUAAUAUGAAUACUCCUACUAAAAUACUUGUUCCCUUCAAAUGUAUAAAGUGGUUACCAAGUCUAGAAAAGUUAGUGAUGAGCAACUGUGAUUCAAUAAAAGUACUUUUCGGUUUUCAUGGACAUGACUCACCACAGCUUGAUCCAAACAUAAUACAAAAUUCUCAAGAAAUCAUCGAUACUUCCCACUUGACAAAGGAUGUUGAUCAGGAUUGUCAGCUGAACAAUCACAAAGAAGAGUGGCUGAUGAACUUGGAAGAUUUAGAUGUGGAGGGGUGUGAUUCGUUGGAGGUGUUAUUCGACUAUGGGGAAGGCCCAUUAGCUCCAGCCCUCAAUAAGUUGGAAAGUUUGGAAUUACGUGGGCUAGAAAAGCUGAUGCACAUAUGGAAGAAGGGUCCACAACAGGUCAAAACUGUUGGCUUCCAAAAUCUGAAAACUCUAUCAUUACAUUUUUGUCCAAGUUUGAGAUAUUUAUUCACUGCUUCCAUAGCCAAACUCCUCGUGAUGCUAGAAAGUCUCAAAGUUACUUACUGUGAAUCAAUGGAAGAGGUCGUUGCAAAAACAGAAGAGGACAUCAAUAAUGUUAAUGUGGAAUCUUAUAUGGUUUUAUUUCCCAAUCUGGUUUCCAUUGAAUUAAAUUCUCUGGAUAAUCUCUGUUGUUUCUGUCCACAACCUUAUGCUUUUGAAUUUCCAUUCCUAGAGACUUUACAGAUAAGAAAUUGUCCUAAGUUGCAGACAUUUAUUACUGCAAAUAAACCGCCAAAGACACCUAACCUUAUGGGUGUACAGCUUGAUGACAAAGACAUGGAAAUUUUGGAACAGGAUCUUAAUGGCACCAUAAGACACUGUUUUGAAGCAAACCAGAUAUGUGCAGAAAGAAGUGAAGAAGAAGAAGGAGAUCCAGAGAGCAUAGAAGAAGAAGAAGAAGAAGUUGAAGAUGAAGAAGAAGAAGAACCAGAUAUGCAAAUGAAAAAAUGUAUAUGGUGGAGGAAGAAGAACUAGAGAUGAAAACAAAAAAACUUUGUAUGAUUGAAAAACAUAUGCAGUUUGUAUUUAGAGUGUGGCAGUUCUGGGGGUUUGGGGUAUUGUAUGUUAUUUUCAAUUUUUGGGGGUUUGGUGUAUUGUAUGUUAGCAUAUAUUAGUUGUGAUAACUCCAUUAUCUCUUUUCCUUUUCAUUCGGUGGUGCAGUCCUAAUUCAGUUAUAGUAUUUAUCCUCAUUAUACAUCUCCUUGUAAUCCUAAUUAUCUCAUUAGUUUUUUCAGCUUUAUAAUA